CCCCAUGGGCCGCAUGGUCUAAUGGGGAUCCUGUUACAUAUCAGAAUUGGUACCCUGGUCAUCCUGUUCCAAAUAGAGAAAAGAAACUGAUUCCUAUAUGUUCCUCAACUACACAAAGUCCACUGAGCACCCUAAUAACUACCCCAACAUCAACCCCAACAUCUACCCCAACAUCUACCCUAGUGACCUCAACACAAACCUCCACAGUCACUCCUGCUUCAGUAACCUCAACAUUUCAAACGAACAAAGAAAAUGAUACAUGCCCCAUACUGUUCGAAAUGCUUUUUUGCUUAAAUAUGACAUGUGAUGAUCUUGAAAGUGCUGUGGAUAUGUGUAAGAGAACACCGACUGUUACUCCAAAUACUACAACAUACAGCACCACCCCUAAAGUCACAACAUUUAGCACCACCUUUAAUGCCCCAACAAAUGGCACCAAAACCGAGGACACCACAACCGAGAGCACCACCACCAGCAACUGCGUCUUUGAACCCGAGCCAGAUCCUGAACAAUACAUUGAGGAUGCUUGUGUGGUCCUGCUCAGCUUCGGCAUGUGGAAGGAAGAAGACUGCAACAGAAGUCUACCUUUCAUCUGUUAUGAAGAGCGCUUUUUUGGCCAGAUAAACAUUUCCGAUGUGAACACAAGUGCAGGCAAUCUGAGCUGGUCUGAGGGACCCGGUGCUAAGAACAUCAGUCACUACAGAGUGGAGGUUACUGGGGACAAAAACCAGACAUUUAACCAGACUAAACUGUUUCAAUACAUAGAAAAUCUGACAGCAGGAACUCUGUACAAAGUUCAGGUGUUUCCUGUGAAAUGUGGCAGGGACCUCAAUCCACAGAAUAUCUCCUUCUACACCUAUCCCUCUGAUGUGCAAAAUCUGAUUGUGGUGAGUGUGACAACUGUUAGAGCCAACCUCAAGUGGAGUAAACCAGAUGGAAACCAUGACUUCUACUCAGUAACUUUCAUAAAUGCAUUGAAAACUGAAAAACAAAAGUGUGAUAAUGAAGAGUGCACUAUUACGGAUCUUAUUCCAGGAACCGAGUAUGUAUUCACAGUUAAAGCUGUAGUGAAUAAGAUGACUGAAGGUGUGCCGAGCAACGUUUCUGAUUACACCAUACCUUCAACUGUCAGAAACCUAAGAUCAGCAGACAAUGACAGCACAGUCAUAAUGGCCUUUUGGGAUCCUCCUACUGGUAAUUAUUCAGGUUACCGCUAUUGUCUUGAAGAAGUCAAUAACAGCCGCAAGUGUACUUACUGCAACAUCACAUCAGACAGCAGCAUUACAGCAAACAACGACAUUACAAACUCAGGCAACAGCGAUACAGCAAAAUUCAGUAAUACAGACUGCAAAACAGUGGAUGAAACAGAAACAUUUAUCAAACAGAGUAAUAGAUCAGACGGCAGCAUGUUUUGUGUGUGUGUGGCAGCGCUAACAAAGAACAACACUCUGUCAGGAGAAAUGGUUGGAAUCCCAGCAUACACACGCCCAAAAUCUGUGGACCUCAGUUUAAUACCUUCCCUUAAAGAAAUGCAAGCCACCUGGGAAAUAAAUGGGAAUUAUGAAAAAUUUGAAGUGACAAUUAUAAGUGCUGAUGCAAAGGAUAUACAGUCAUAUAAUACUACAAACAAGGAUUACACUUUCACUAAUCUGAAGGCAGGAGUGUUUUACACCGUUUCAGUUGUCACUCUUAAUGGUGACCUUACAAGUGUACCUGCUAAUAAGUCAGAUUACACCCGGCCUGCUAAACCUCGUGAUGUAAAGGCCACCGCUAUCAAAAAUAACAUACAGCUAAGCUGGGGUGCUCCAGUUGAGUCUGAGGGUGCCUUGAUUCAAUAUAUAGUGAAAUAUAACACUUCUUUCUGGGAUGAAACUAAUGAAAUAAAUACAACUGAGACAAAUAUCACCAUUCCUUAUUUAAGACCAGGAACAAAAUAUACGUUCAAUGUCAUGGUCUUGGCUGGAAAUCUGAGUGAUCCAGCCACUACUCAUGCAAAAACAGAGCCUGAGAAGAGGACACUGGUCCUCACGAUGUUGUGUUCCUCUCAAACCGCACUUCAUUGUGACAAACCUGAAACUCGGAAUGAACUGUUUGAAACGCUGAAAAAAAAAAUUGAUGACAAAUUUCAAGACUUGGUCCACUGGAAGCUUAAAGCAAAAACUAGCAAAGACAUCCUUUGAAUCUCUAUGAUGUGGCCUACAAUCAAGAAAAAAAUCACACACUGAAAUUUUGUGUGAUUUCAUGCCUGGUGAAUUCUGAAUUUAUUUUCUUACAUUUCCAUGAAUGCAACUUACAAAAGAGGAACAAAAGCAAUGUGUCAGAGAGCCAACAAUAUAUGUUAUAUACAAUUUUAUUAGAUUAGAUUAGGAAACAAGGGAGAGAAGAGGAAACAUUUAGAGAAGAAAUAUAAGUUUUUGGUAAACUUUACGGGAACCAAAUGUCCUCACAGGGAUAGCAAAACCUGAUAUUUUUGACUUUUGCUUGUUUGUUUUUUAUUUUCUGUGCGAGUUUGGGGUGAGGGUAUAGAAUAUUCAGUAUAAAAAUCAUUAUGUCUUUGGAAAGUGCAUUGGUUUAAGAGGUUGUUAAGUGCUUGUUUUUAGCUUCUUGGAGGGUUUUAUUUUGAUUCUCACUCAUUUUUGGGCCUGUAUGGCAAUUUUUUCUUCUUACAAAUUGCAUAUUGACAUUUACUAUAAAUUGAGUGGUGUGAUGAUAUUUGCUAUA